UUUCUUACCUCCCCAGUUGAAGGAAGAGUGCUCCGUGCUGUGUGCCUGCAGUAAAGGAGGGUCAGCAUCAGUGCCCACCACACGGAGGGACAGCGCUCGUGCUGCCCGUAGGACCGGGGCAGCUCUGAUCCUGUGAGGAGACCGCUGCUCCAAUCCAGAGGUUCAUUUCAUACCCAUCGUCUUUCCCAGGGUUCGUUCUCGGAGGAGCGUUUGGGAUCUUCACUGCUGGCAUCGACACCAAUGUGGGCUUCGACCCCAAGGACCCCUAUCGCACCCCAACUGCCAAGGAGGUGCUGAAGGACAUGGGGCAGCGCGGCAUUUCCUAUGCCAAGAACUUCGCCAUCGUGGGCGCCAUGUUCUCCUGCACCGAGUGCGUGGUGGAAUCAUAUCGUGGAAAGUCAGACUGGAGGAACAGUGUUAUUAGUGGCUGCAUCACGGGAGGAGCAAUCGGCUUCAGAGCUGGCAUGAAGGCAGGGGUGAUCGGCUGUGGUGGAUUUGCUGCUUUUUCCGCAGCAAUUGAUUACUAUCUGCGGUAACAGCAGGAUCCCUUGGGAGCAAGUUUUCCUUGCGUUCCAGUGCUGCUGCUCAGAGCCUGCAUCACGGCAGAAGAACCAUCAGGCUUACCUUUCCACUGCCUUGGAGCCCUGAUCAGUGCAAGCUGGAUGAUGCUGGCUGCUUUUCCUGAAUGACUAACAAUAAUCUGGCUGCGAGCCUUGGCAUGCUGCUUCAGGCAGGCCUGCAGGAAUGUGCAAGGAUGGAGCCAGGCACAGGGAGCAGUAUCACCAGUACGGAUCAGCUGACUGUCAGUUUCCAGGAAACAAGCCUGGACUCUGAGCUUUCUCGAUCCUUUGGGUCUGAUUUUGAUUAAGUCUGUUGCUAGCAUCAAAAGAGGCAGGAGGACAAUCUUCAUAAAGAAAGCAGUGGUUUAUGUUACCGUGUGUUUGAAUAUGCUGCAAGUGUUUAGCAGCUCCUGGUUUGCAGCUUGCUGCUCUGUUGGGGAGAGGUAAGAUCCUGUGGAGAAAUAGUUUGUUCCAGGCUUUUCUUAAAAUACCAACUGAAGACAAACCACCAUCUGUACAACUUGUCUUAUUUCAAGUACAGAACGAAUGCCAGAUUUCUUUACCAUUUCUUAAAGGGGAAAAGCAAAAAGGAAUCCUGUGCCUUAGGACCAUGUGGUUCCUGGCAGAUGAACAAAACAGUUUAAGGAUAAAAAAGAGGUUGUUGCAGAUGUAUAAUUCUCUGUAGCCAUUUGGCUUGCCUGAUUUAACCUCGCCCUGGGAGUACAAGCAGUUUUGCUACUGCUUUAUACUGCCACAGGCUCACACCCUCAGUUCCAGCAGUUUGAUGGCUGGGCUUUAAAGCAGAGUUGUGAGAAUAAAGACAGAUAACAAGGCGUUCACUUAG